ACGAAACACGGGACCUACGACACAGGACAAAAGUUGCUCAGACGUUGUUUCGUCAACAGCGUUGUGUUUGGUUCUACCUGAAGUCGAUACAAUCUAAUCCAAGUCCAUAAAUUCCUUCAAAGUGAUUGGAAACGAAGAAAUUCUUCUUCAAAUUAGUCCACGCCAACGAACUUCAGCAAAAGCCUUGCAUAAUGACGACUUAGAAAGCCCAAAUUAGGUGCAAAUUGAAUCGAUUUGUGGACGGCAAAAGGUGUUUUCUCUCUCCUCGCCUUGUUGGAUACCUUAAGGUUGAAGAAGAUAGUGUACAGUGACGGGAGUGAACAUUUGAGUGCAAUUUGUAUGGAAUUGUUGUCGGAAAGGGUGGUGGUGCAAUGGAGACGCACGGCCAAGUUCGCCAUCCCUCGGAUGCUCGCGUUCUUCGUGACGGUAACGCUCUACUUCACCCUAAUCGGUAAAACCGAACGCAGCACGGUCACCUCCACCAUCCUGAAAUGCCUCCCGAUCGUGACGCUAUGGAUGUUCGUCCUGAUGAGCGACUUCGAGCUGAAACGAUCCCACCGCUACAAGCUGCUCAUUUUGGCCGGGCUGGUCGCUUCCUGCGCCGGAGAUUUGCUGCUCAACUAUGACCUGUUCGAGGCCGGAAUGGGCGCCUUCGGGGUGGCCCAGAUCUUCUACGUGUCGGCGUUCGGAUUCCGGCCGCUGCGACCCUGGGUGGGACUUCCGCUGUACGGCUUCGCCAUCGCUGCCGUGGCCAUCAUGUUCCACAAUCUGCCGACGCUGAUCAAAAUCUGUCUUCCGAUUUACGGUGCCCUGCUGGUCACCAUGUGCUGGCGAUCGCUGGCCAGAAUUGAUUGCUUUAAGAACAUCCUGCGCGUGGCUUGCGGCCUCGGCAGCGUCCUGUUCGUCAUCUCCGACAGUAUUAUCGCGAUCGACAAGUUCUACACGCCGGUGGCCAACGCUCAGACGGCCAUCAUGGUCACGUACUACGUGGCCCAGUUCGGGAUCGCGCUCAGUGUGAUCGAGCAGUCCGUCACUGCCAGUGGCGGUGCCGCGGCCCCCAAAACUGCCAACUCCUCCAAGCAACGCCAAAACGGUACGAAACAAAAGAAGAGUGCCUAAGACAGGGGGCACCUAGCGAUCAUUGGAUUGGUUCAUUGUUCCUUGCCUCUAUUGGGUCACAAAAGCCACACGAGCAUUACACAAAUACAGACGCGCAUCUUGCAACAGAAACAUCAAUCCAUCUGUGUGCGUGUGAUCGUUCCGCGAUCGACAGUGAAGACAGCAUGUUGCAUCCACCAAUACAUCUUUAGUGGGAUAUUGAACAUUACCUGUAGCAACUAGAGAACUCUUCGAAAUUUAUUAUUUUAUUUUUUGUUUCUUAUUAGACGAAGACGAAGUAGACAAACAUGAUAUUGAGCAGGUGUGAUUUGCGAAACUGUAAAAAAAAACAAAAACCUUAUUAGACUGUGAUUCUAUAUCUUCCCUCGAAACCUUGAGGAUCAUUCACCCGAUGUGGAAACAAACAACAAUUGGCAAAGUGCAACGCAGCAAAAAUCACCAACAACUUGAAACGGUUUGAAAUUUUUAGAAAA